AUGGAUCCAAGCAGUACUCAGACUCUGCCAAUUAAUAAGCUCAGAGCUGCCCUCAAAGGUUCAUUCGCUCUGACGCCUGACUCAGAAGGCUACGAAGCAAGCUUACACAGAUGGUCUGAAGCUGCUGAAAAGAGAGCGGCAGUUGUAGUGCAAGCAAGAUCUGCUGAAGAUGUAUCUACAGCGUUACUAUUCGCACAGGAACAUGGCCUAGAGGUUGCAGUUCUUGGUGGAGGACAUUCAACCUCUGGAUCGUCUUCGACUGAGGGCGGUCUUCUUAUUGACCUCACUAAAAUGCGCCAAGUAACGAUCAAUCCCUCUGCAAAGACGAUCAGAGCUCAAGGAGGAACCAUAUGGGAAGACGUCGAUUUGGCUGCGGCCCAGUACGGUCUUGCUACCGUUGGCGGAACCGUCAAUCACACUGGAGUCGGCGGCCUCACGUUAGGCGGAGGCUAUGGCUGGCUGAGCGGCAAAUACGGCCUAACAAUUGAUAACUUGAUUGAAGCUGAAAUUGUUCUCGCCGAUGGUCGAAUCAUGACAACGUCUGAAAAGGAAACCCCCGAUCUCUUUUGGACCAUUCGUGGAGCCGGCCAAAGCUUUGGUGUUGCAACCAGCUUCACUUUCCGUGGCUACGAGCAAAAUAAUCCCGUAUGGGGAGGUCUGUUAGCCUUCGACACCUCUGUUUUGGAUAAAGUGAUUGAUUUCGCCAACAAGCUCGUUGAAACGACAGAAGGCCAGAGUGCGAUGGUGGUGGGAAUUGGUGCGCCUGCUCCGACUCACGAAGUUCGUAUCCUAACAAUCCUCUUCUACGACGGCAAUGAAGAGGAAGCAAGAGCAUACUAUGAUGCUUUAUUCAAGCUCGGCCCUGUUGUAGACAGGACGUCGGAAAUGACAUAUAAGCAAGUCAACAGCAUGCUUAAUGGGGUAUCGACACAUGGCGACCGUAAGACGCAAAAGGGCUCUGCAUUUACUGUUCCGCUGCCUACCGCUCUGGCACAAACUCUGGUCCAAGACUAUGCCAAAUUUAUCAACGAAGUGCCAGAUGCUAAAAAGACCAUCAUCUUGAUGGAGUAUUUUAGCCAAAGAAUGGUGAACAAAGUGGCUCAGACAGCCAUGUCCUUUGCCAAUCGUGGGUCCCAUUAUAACAUUCUCUUUAGCACACGAUGGACAGGAGCACAAAAUGACGCGAUUUGUCGAGAAUGGACUCGCAAUAUGGGCCGUAAAGUCACUAAUGAGCUUAUCAAGACUAAAACAAAUGAAGGCGUUGGAGAAUACGGGAAUUAUGACGGUGUUUCUUCUUCAUCGGCUCAAGAUCUCUUUGGCGUCAAUUACGAAAGAGUUUUGGAGUUAAAGAAGAUGUACGAUCCCAAAAACAUUUUUGCCAAGGGAGCAGGUAAAUUUAGCUUUUGA